UCACUCACCGGUCCGGUUUUUAAAACAUUGCCUACCACAAUCACCUCCCACACCACACAAUUGUUAGCAAAGUUCAAAACCACAAGAGAGUAGAUAGCAGAGGCGAGAAGAAAAGAAUUGGAGUAGAUUCAUUCACCUUCACAACCAAGUUCAUACUUUUAAACUCCACAGAGGUAAUAUAUCGCAAGCGAAUCGUGAUCGCAAGGGAAAGAAUAUAAUUAAGAAUUAAGCACUCGAGGCUGCAAGUAUGGCUACCUGGGCGCUUCCAAAGGUGGUUGUGAUCAAGUUCAAGAAUCCAUAUAUCACAAGCAAUCUUUACCGCAGGGACAACGGCGCGGUAGCUUCAGGAGCACAUGGCAUUUACGGCACAAGUUCUCGGAUCGAAGUUGAGAAAGCAAAGAGCAAUGACAAGUAUGUUAACCUCCGAUUCUUAUUCACCAACAGGUACAUGCACCGGACAUCGGACGCGAGCUGGGCCAUCGCUGCCGUCUCCCCCACGCCCCAGGAGGACUUGUCCGACCCUUUGUGCACAUUGUUUGAGCCUAUUAAGGUUGACAAUGCCGAUGACGAUGCCAAUGCCAAUGUGUUCUACUUGAUUCACGCUCAGAGCGGAGGCCGCCUCGUGAUAGACGAUGAAAUCUUCGUCUUACGCGUCGAGUUCAACUUAAGCAGCACCACUCAAGGCUAUCUCCGUGCCGUCGAUUUCGAUUCAUUAGUCCGCCUUCACAAACGCCGCAAUCUUGCCUUCAAAGGAGAUAAUGGCAAGUACCUCAAAGCCUUCACUUGGGGCAACAAAAACUACUUACAGUUCUCGUCAGAUAUACCGAACGACAGCCUUUCGCGCCACGAGGCGUCGGUGAUGCUCGACGGCAUUGUCCAGCUGACCUCCAUCCACUUGAGAUCGCAUUGGAACCUCUCCGACGACGGCUGGAUAUUCGGCAACGCCAACCCUAUAACCAGUUUGCACGACCCCAACACUCACUUCUGGCCUAUCAAAAUCAACGCAAACACCAUCGCGCUUCGUGCAGCCGACGGAAAAUUCUGCCGGCGUCGCGUCACCAACAACCUCGCUAAUGGAAGCAUCGGCACGGAGCAGUCCUCUCCCACCAAAGAAGCCGAGUUGCAGGUGGAGGAACUGGUGACGAAGAGUUUGGUAAAUAACGUCAGAUACGAGAUCGAGUACGGGCGCGUAUUUGACGAGACACCUCACACGGGAUGGUCGUCCACGGUGGUCAACAGCCAGGACGUGGAUGUAACCUCUUCACUCUCGUUCACGUAUCAGGACACGAAGGAAUACACCUUCGCCCAUGACUUCACGCUGGAAACGGGGGUGCCCACGUUCUUCGACGCGGCGCUGCCCUUCGUCGGCAAAGAUGGCUCCAUUGAUGAGGCAGCUGCUAAGAUAAAUGCGCAGCUGCAGUGGAACGCUGUGAACUCAACCACCAGGACGGUUACUGGUAACGGUUCGAUUGUGGUGCCGGCGAAGAGCAGUGCUGUGGUUAGCUAUGUCGGAAAAAGAGGUACAUAUAAUGUUCCCUUCAAGUAUACUCAGGUGGACACUGUCGACCAACCCCUCCCAGUUGGAUCACCGCCGGUUGAUGUUGAAUCUGAAGGAAUUGAUGGUCUUUACACUGCCACCAAUUUAUAUGGUUUCAAAUUGGUGAUGGACUCAAUUCAAGCAAUCUGAGAACACAAAUUGGAGGGUUUUUUUCAUCAGCUUCUUCUAAGUUGGUUUUUUCCCUCACUAUAUAUGUAUCAAUAAAUUGUGUCCUCUUGUAUAGGUAUCUCCCCUUUUUUUCAAAUUAGGUGACCGAUUGAUAAGAAUAAAUUGAAUGGAAGGAAGUUCUGAAUGUUCAUCUUAA